CUCCCACCACCCCAGCUCGUCUGCAUUACCCAAUCCAUCCAUCCACCCAUCUAUUCGUCUCUAUUACCUUUUCUAUGGGCCGUGGUGGUUACAAUUAAACCCGUCUGAACCACCAAUCACCGAACCGUCAUCUCAACCUUGUCAUCCAAUCAUCCCAUACUAUUUCACCCAUUGAGGCCCCCCACCCACUCCACCCUCGCCAAAAUGUGCAUCCGCCUCGUGGAGAAAUACGCCGUCUGCGGCUGCACCUACCACGUGCACUCGAUCGACCCCUGCGCGAGCUACGGGCACCACGCCGUCGUCGACCGCGUCGUUAGCGUCGGGUAUUGCUGCACGUCGCACGCGAAGACGACGGCAGUGCACGCGUAGUAGCACAAGGCGACGUAGGCCGGCGCACCGCAACCCAACCACACUCCUCAUCUUUGCUCUACCUUUUUCCGAUUUGCUUCCGCAAACACUCCCUACUGCUGCCCGGUGCAGCGUGGAUGCGAACAUGCGAACCCGAACCCGGUAUUGCUGCAUGCAUGCACUUCUUGUGCGCCUGCGUGCCCGCUUGCUGGGUCUCGUCCUGCAUCAUGCAUGCUGCUGCGCUGCGGCCUUCUUACGACGGAGCUGGACUCCGUCGACUUUUCCUCUCAAUCACCACGCGCUGCGCGUUCGCCUCUCUACCUACCUGCCAUGUGCCUCGCGGCGCAAGGUUCCGCAAGCGGGACAAGAGCAGGAUUUCGUC